AUGGAUCCCCAGAAAGGGGAAUCCAAGGAAAACAAGACAGAGCAUCUAAUUGCUGACAGAUGGGAAGGAAUUUGUGUAUGUGGCUGGAUCCUGGUUUCCUUUUCAUUCCUUCUGGUGCUUAUUACCUUUCCUAUUUCCAUCUGGGCAUGUGUGAAGGUUAUCAGAGAAUAUGAACGUGCUGUUGUAUUUCGUCUGGGACAUAUACUGUCUAAGAAAGCAAAGGGACCAGGUAUAAUCCUCAUACUUCCAUGUACAGAUACAUUCAUCAAGGUUGAUCUUAGAAUGGUUACCUGUAACAUCCCUCCACAAGAGAUUCUGACAAAAGAUGCUGUUACUACCCAAGUCGAUGGGGUGCUGUACUACAGGAUCCACAGUGCUGUCAGCGCUGUUGCUAAUGUCACAGAUAUCCAUUCAGCUACCUUCCUUUUGGCACAGGCAACCCUGAGAAAUGUUCUGGGUACGCAGACCUUGGCUCAGCUCCUGGCAGGCCGUGAGGAAAUUGCACACAAUAUCCAGACUAUCCUCAACAGAGCUACAGAGCAGUGGGGAAUCACAGUGGCUCGUGUGGAGAUCAAAGACAUCAGGAUUCCUGUGGUCAUGCAGAGGGCCAUGGGGGCUGAAGCAGAGGCUGCUCGAGAAACAAGAGCUAAGGUGAGAUCCAUGAGUAUCUAUCCCCAGGCUCUUGUAUCCUUGUCCUAGUCUUCUGAGUGCCUUUUUUUUUUUCUCGUCAUUGUAAAGGUGGGGUUUCCCCACAAUGGGCAGUGUCACAGAGCCAUUUCUAUUUCUCUUACUUUACAGGUUGUGGCAGCAGAAGGAGAAAUUAAUGCUUCUAAAGCCCUCAAGCAGGCCUCCAUGGUGCUGGCUGAGUCUCCGGCAGGUCUCCAGCUGCGCUACCUGCAAACAUUAACAGCCUUGGCAGCAAAAAAUAAUUCCACCAUUGUUUUCCCUCUCCCUAUAAAUAUGCUUGUGAGUUUGGGGCAGAAAAGUAAAGGGGGUUAGAUACUAUUCUAUGCUAGCUUC